AUGGCAAUGCUAGGUGUAGAUGAUAUACAAGCUGAAGAAACGGAAGAUAUUUCGAAGAUACCUGAUCCGUUACGUCGACUGUAUGCACUCAUCGCACGGCCUAAGAUUGUAUACCAGCUAGAUAGUACUGCCCGCCAGGUGGACAGAAACAAAGUACUUGAGUACAGGAAUGAAAAUGGAUUUAAUGUUCUACAUGCCGCAGCGUUUCACAAUAACGUGAAUGCAGUUGUCACAAUAUUCAGACAUUUUGAUUGGGCAACACUUUCCACGCAGGUCACAAGCGGCACUCACCCUGAUGAGCUGGAAGGUUGUACUGCCAAAGAGAUAGCUGUAAAGAAGCAUCACAAGGGCGUAGAAAACCAAAUUGAUUCACAGGAAGAAAGUGAAACCGAAAUGAAACCAAUUCACAAGGUCGUUAGGAGUCAACGUAUUGAUGAAUUAAAAGAUCUCUGCAGUCGUGACCAUACUAUGGUUAAUAUAGCUGGGCCUAGCAAUUUUACACCACUGCACGUUGCUGCCGGUGUAGGAUUCCUAGAUGGCGUGAAGCUGCUUCUCAAAAUGGGUGCAGACCUGAAUGCUGUCACAGAGUAUGGUGAAACAGCCUUGGGUCGUGCCAGCAGGAUGGGAUACGAUGACGUGGUGGAGUACCUCACUGAUCUACCGAAUAUCGACAUCAAGAAAAAUGUGUAUUCAGAUUUGGCAGGCGCAUCAUGUCUUGAUGUGGCAGCGUUAGGUAACUUCAGAGGCAUAUACGACAGGCUGCAGCGCCAUGGUUUACCUGUGACUAUCAAUACCCUGGUGUGUGCCGCACAGGGGGGUCACGUCGAGUUAGUGAAUGAAAUAGCAGCAAUGGACGGAAUCGAUGUCAAUUAUCAGAACAAGCAAGGGAACACCGCUUUGCAUUUAGCAUCUAGGGAUGGUCAUGUAGAUGUGGUUAAGUGUUUGAUAGAUGGACAUAAGGUGGACCCAACUAUUCUAAAUGACAGAGGAGAAAAUUCAGCACACCUGGCAUCAAGCAGUGGACAGGUGCACUGUUUGGAUGCCAUUCUGAGAACACAUACUGGAUUGAUGAACAAACGAGGUAAUCUCUACGAAGUGAGGCAGAUUUAUUUAGUCCGCGGUAAUGAUAGAGAAAGACCUGUCUGGCAUUAUGUUCUGGUCAAGAGGAAGCUCCUUUCGGUUUUUAUAGUGAAAACAAGUGGAGGAAGUUUAGAUGUGGCAGAUUACGGGGAGGUGUUGCACUCAGGAUGGGGAAAAGAUCCCCCUGAUGACGUUAGAAAGAGGUUCCAAGAGACGUAUCAAACGUGCGCAGAUUCCGCUAUAGAGGAUCUAACCCCGCUCCACCACGCCGUUCUAGAACAACACCCCGCUGCGGUGGAGAAACUUCUGGAGCUUGGAGCUGACACAGACGUCCGCGAUGCGUACAAACUGACGCCGCUGCACUUGGCCUGUAUGCGAGGUAACAGAAAAAUUGUGAAACUACUGGUGGAAGCAGGGGCGGACACCAAGGCGGCAGACGACGAUGGUGACACCCCACUGGACGUGGCAAAACUCAACCACCAUGAUCACACUGUUGCUUUCUUGGAGAAGACUGAUAUAGUGAAAUUCGUUAGAGAUAACAUUCAAAAACCAGUCAAGAAAAUGGAGCAUUUAAUGGAAAAUAGUCUUGACUCUGAUAUUACAGUUGAUGCCUUGAAGACACAGUUUCACGACAUAAAUAAAUGUUUCUCUCCCACGCUCUUCUUUUUGAAUGACCCAAGGGAACUUUGGUCACUGUUUCAGUUCUACAAUUGA